GUUGGGUCUGGAGCACACAGCCUCGUGCAUUCCUGACGUCACCAGGCAUAUGUCGCAUACUGAGAAGAGACCAGAAUUGUCAACAGUUGAGAGGAAGAAGCUGAAGCACUAUCGCAUUUCCUAGUUGCCACUGGUGUUUACUGGCAAACGGACGUCAUUUGCAUUGGAACUUCAAACACGGAGUGUUCUAAUUUAGUGCCUAGGCUACGUUAUAAAAACGACUUCUGUGGCUGAGAGCUCUUUUUGGAGGGAACAUGGCUUCAAAUGGGAUAGAAAGUAUGCAGUUAGCGGAGGACCAGAUCAAAAUUCUGGAGGAGAAUUUCACCAGAGUCAGCAAGCAUCCGGAUGAGUCGACGCUCAUGUUAAUCGCAGCUGAAAGCGGACUAACCGAGGAAGAGACAGCGAAAUGGUUCAGGCUACGCAACGCACGGUGGAGACAGGCCGAGGGCCUUCCAGCUCAACUGGGAUCAGUGAAAGACUGAAAUUGGAGUGGUGAAGGAAACCUCCCCCUCACCUCGUUGCUUCUCUGACUGAUCUGCCACGCCCUUACUGACCAGCUCCCAGGACACAUCAACCACUCAUACCUUCCUUCCAUCAUUCUCUCUCCUUUGUAUCUAAGCUAUUUUCAUUUAGUGAAUGUGUGAAGUGUAAUGCGAGUCAAAUGUUUUUUGCCAAUAUAAUUGGCAUGUUUACAUAUAAUAAUAAAUAAACAAACAUAUAUUAUAAA